AUGUCAGGAUAUAAGGUAACCAAACCAAAGGGAAAGGUCAUCGAUAGCUCCAAGUCGUCUGACCGGAGGUUGGCUGCAGGAAGACAACCAGCCAAUUUCUUACAUAGUUCAAUUAAUGUUGUUAAACCAACAAUUAAUCUUAAAAGCAAAGUAGAUGGAGGGAAUGAAUCUAACUCCAAGACGGUGAAAAGAAAUGUUGGUGAUAAGACAUGGGAAGAUUCGUCGCUUCUUGAAUGGAAUCCAAAGCAUUUUAGACUCUUUGUAGGCAAUUUAGGGCCAGAUGCAAACGAUGCAUUAUUAGCAACAGCAUUUGGGAAAUAUGAAACAUUGAGUAAAGUUAAAGUUCCUAUAGAUAAUCGAACUGGUAAAAAUAAAGGAUUUGGAUUUGCAGCCUUUGAAAGUGCGGAUGAUUAUUUUAAAGCUUUUAAAGAAAUGAAUGGUAAAUAUAUAGGACAACAUCCUGUACAAUUGAAGAGAGCAGAGACUAAGAUAAAGCCAGUUAAGAAGAGAAGAUAA